UCCUGAUCAGGAUGAGUGAGGAAUUAGCAAAAGUAGGUCUCUACAUUGAUGAUCUCUACCUUCUGCGCGUUAUUGAGCCGGAAAUUGCCAAUGAAACCAACGAUUUGAAGCACGAUUGCACAACAUACAGCGACAAGCUUCAGGAAUUCCAGACACUCAUCCAGAGCUUCCUACGGGUUGCCGAUGAAUUCGGAGCUGAGGUUGAGAAGGAGAAAAUCCGCACAAUUGGCAUUCAGAAUCUCGUGAAGAAUCUCUCGAAGCAACGUGAAUCGGAACAGCAGCAAAUCCAGGCGGAAAUCAUUGAGAAAUCCCUGGAGUUGGAGCGCCUGAAGAUUGAGCUGCAGCACCUGCAACGCAUUGAAUCUGAGCAACAGGAAAUAAUGGAUAACUUCUACCAGACGCAGUGAAAAGAAAAAACUUUUGCUGUGUACUCAUCUUUA